ACUGGGCUUCUUUUUCUUUCUUUGAUAUUUCUAUUUGUCUUUUGUCUUUUAGACUUCCUCCACUCUAAAAUCUAGCAUGUCUUACACCUCAUUCCUUAAACUUGAUUCCCCUCCUCACUUCUCUGUUAAUGUUUACCACUGUCUUGUAAUAUACUUAAGUGUCUUGGUAAUCUUUUUUGGUCUCACUUCUAUAUCUAAUCAGUUUCUUAAUUCUGUAAUUCAACAGAUUUUUUAAAACAAUUUCCUGUGGUGCUUAAUUGAUAGUACUUGUGAGAGGCAGAAUAAGAAAAGUUUAUAUAACUGAUUCAUAAUACUGCUUGGUGAGCAUAGUAAGUACAGUAACAGUGGAAUAUUCAGUGCAUCAUUAAAAGUCAGGAAAAAAAAGGGAAAGCAGGUUUCUCAUCUACAUUGCAACACAGCUGUCUUUUAGCAGAUGAAUCUUCUACAAUUUAUCUCAAGUCUGACAUUGUCUACCUAGACUUAGCAUAAGAUCUUACAGGAUAAAGGCUUGGUUCCAUAAAACUGCUCCUCACUAAAGAUGCCUUUUGCAAGUUCCAGAUUGUGACCUGUGCUUAUGAUUGACCAGCUAGCUACAAAUCAUAGUUCACAGGAACCCCUUCUUGAGUUCAUUUGCUCAUAGAACUUAAGGGAGCAUUUUAUUAUAAGAAACACAGUUUGUUAUAAUAGAUGUCUAGCAUGUAGGUGAAUAAAUAAAAUAGCUGGUGAAAGAGAUUUUAUCCUGUCUUUGGCCAGCCCUCCCAUCAGCAACCUAGAAGCUCUUUUGUAAACCUUGUUUUUUGGGUAUUGAGGCAGAUGACUGAUUAUAUCCUUGGCCACUGGUGAUUAGCUUAACCUUCAGCCCUUGUCCCUCCCUGGAGGUAUGGUGGGUGGAGUUGGAAGUCCUAGUCCUUUAAUCAAGGCUUGAUCUUUUUGGAGACCAGCCCCCAUCCUGAGGCUGUCUAUAGAUGUCCUGGGCUGCUUGGAAGAAGGAGUGUCCCAAGUUAUUAGUUAUCUUGUUAGAUGAAUGAACACAUAAUUCUGUCACACUUUAAGAACAAAUGUACCUAAUAGCUCAUGGAAGAGAAGACACAAAUCAAGACAUUUUUGGGUUCCAGGUUGCCAAAAUAUGGUGCAAAAUCUGUAAGAAGUACACUGAAGCCGAUGCCCAGUGGAACAGCUGUUACUCUAUUUGGAACGUCCAAGGAUAGUAACAUCAAAAGUUAUAUAAAAAAUAAUGGCUCUGAUUGUUCAUUGUCUCAUUCCUUUAAUUGGAGAAAAGCAAAUAAAUAUCAACUUAGUACACAAAUUACUGAAGAACCUAACAAUACACAAAACUCACAUGAUAAACUAAUUGAUCCUGAAAAACAUGCUCCUACUCAAGGAAUGCCAGAUAAAAAUGGGGUACAGGGAGAGUUAAAAAGCAUUCCUUUAUUUACAUCAAAGUUAACAAAGCCAUCCACGAUGUUUGUGUCAUCUACAGAGGAGGUAAACCAAAAGUCUUUUUCUGGACCAUCUAAUUUGGGUAAAUUCACCAAAGGCACAUUACUAGGAAGGACUUCAUAUUCUUCAGUAAGUGCUCCAAAAUCUCAGUUGAAUGGAUUGUAUGGAAAUCGAUCAGCUGGUAGCAUGCAGAGGCCCAGAGCAAACUCCUGUGCCACUCGAAGCAGUUCUGGAGAAAGCUUAGCACAAUCCCCAGACAAUAUUAAGUCUAUGGCUUGUGAAAGAAUGGUAAGGUCACAGAGUUUCUCACAUUCCAUUCAGAAUUCAUUCCUUCCCCCUUCAUCUAUAACCAGAUCACAUUCCUUCAAUAGAGCUGUUGAUCUUACAAAGCCUUAUCAGAACCAGCAGCUACCCAUAAGAGUGCCUCUUCGGUCAAGUAUGCUAACAAGAAGUUCUCGGCAUUUGGAAGUACUCAAUGGGAAUGAACAUUUGGGGUAUGGAUUUAAUAGGCCUUAUGCUGCUCAUGGAAAGAAAUUGGCUUUAACAAAUGGUCCAGGUAUAACAUCAACUUUGGGUUAUAGGAUGGUUCACCCCUCUCUACUGAAAUCCAGCCGACCUCCAUUUUCUGGGACUAUCACAAUCGAUGGUAAUAAAAAUUCAUCUGCUAACACGUGUGUAGAGGAAGAGGCUACAGUUUCAGUUAAGGACAACACCACCAAUAAGGACCAAGAAGUAGUUGAAAAUGAAAGUUAUAGAACAGAAAAUGACCAGGCCAUGAAACAUGAUGCUAAAAUUAGAUACCUGAAUGAUGAUGUGGAUGAUAUUUCCUUGUCUUCUUUGUCAUCUUCUGAUAAGAAUGAUUUAAGUGAAGACUUCAGUGAUGAUUUUAUUGAUAUAGAAGACUCCAACAGAACUAGAAUAACUCCAGAGGAAAUAUCUCUCAAAGAAGAAAAACAUGAAAAUGGACCUUCGAAAGAUGCAUUUGAUUCCCCCAAGGAAAAUGAAAAAACCUUUUGUAAAACUGAUGAAUGGAUAGAUUUAAGUAUUUCUGAUAAGAGUGAAUAUACAAAACAUUCUUCUGGAAAUAACUUGAUUUCACCGGAUGCGGACUACAGAGCUGGUUCUUCGUUUGAACUCUCCCCAUCGGAUAGUUCUGAUGGAACAUACAUGUGGGAUGAAGAGGGCUUGGAACCCAUUGGGAAUGUGCAUCCAGUUGGCAGCUAUGAGUCUUCUGAAAUGAACAGCAUAGAUAUUCUGAAUAAUCUUGAAUCAUGUGACCUUGAGGAUGAUGACCUUAUGCUUGAUGUGGAUCUGCCUGAGGAUGCACCUCUUGAAAAUGUGGAGUGUGACAAUAUGAACCGCUUUGACCGAUCAGACAGAAAUGUUCGGCAAUCUCAGGAAGGGUUUUGGAAAAGGCCACCCCAGAGGUGGGUUGGACAGGAACAUUACCACCUCAGUCAUCCUGACCACUAUCAUCACCAUGGGAAAAGUGACUUGAGCAGAGGCUCUCCUUAUAGAGAAUCUCCUUUGGGUCACUUUGAAAGCUAUGGAGGGACCCCUUUUUUUCAGUCCCAGAAGAUGUUUGUAGAUGUGCCAGAAAACACAGUGAUACUGGACGAGAUGACCCUUAGACACAUGGUCCAAGACUGCACGGCUGUGAAAACUCAAUUACUGAAACUGAAGCGUCUGCUGCAUCAGCAUGAUGGAAGUGGUUCAGUGCAUGAUGUUCAGCUCUCAUUGCCAUCCAGUCCUGAGCCAGAAGAUGGGGAUCAGAUGUAUAAGAAUGAAGAUUUAUUAAAUGAAAUAACAAAACUUAAAGAAGAAAUAAAGAAAAAGGAUGAAAAAAUUCAACUAUUAGAAAAUCAGCUUGCAACUCGUUGUAACUGUCAUCAGAACUCUAAAGAAGGAAAAUGCACAUAUGCUGAUAAGUACACCCAAACACCCUGGAAAAGAGCUCCUCCUCAACUACUACACCCUUCCAGCAGCCUUCCCAGACCCACAGACCACGCACAGGGAAAACUAAUAAGGCCACAACGUAUCGAGGCCCACAGUGAAUGUACGGGCCAGGGCAUGCAUCAAGGUGCUGCACAUCCAGAUGGAAGCUUCCCACAUGGCUUACAACAAGAAAACAACUAUGGUUUGGAAGACCGGCCUGUUUCCUCAAGCCCACAGUUUAGGAUGAAUGUGGCAAAAAGUAUGUCUGACUCAAACUUGACCGUGACCGUGAGUGCUCAAGAGCCUUCUCGUUUGGCAAAGAAUGAAAUUGGUGAGAUGCAGUUUGGACCCGGUUCUCCCCCAACACCUCCCCAGUUGAGUGCAGUAGAGCAGGCUAAGAGAGUUGGAAGAAAUCCGUCUCCACUGGUGGGUUACCUGUCUCAGCCCAAGUCCUCACAUCUUCUGAAGCCACCUAUCUCGAGUUCUUCCGCCCCACCUCCAGGCCAUGAAUCAUCUCCAAGUAGGACUCUUGGUUGUAAGAAGCCACCCAUCAUUGCAGCUCAUUCAGCAAAGCUUCAGCCCACUAGUCAAACAAAUCUUGCAAAUAAUCUGAAUCUGAAAGCAUCUAAGCUCCGCCCUCCUUCCAGCUCUUUCAGACAGAAACAAAUAAGUAGCCCACGACUGGAGCCUCAAAGCUUGCAGGCCAAGACGAGUAUCCCCAGGCCACUGGCAAGGCACAAAGAAAUCAUGCCAAAUCCAAAUGGCAGUUUGCAUUCCGGGGAUCCGUUGGCCUCCAAUCGAUAUUCUCGUCUUCCUAAACCAAAGAUACAUUAAGCACAUAGUCAACGUCUGCCACUUUGUGUUUUAACAGCACUCUUUUCUGUAAUAGCUUUAUGUGCAGUUUGCCACCACGUUGGAGGUUCUGUUGAAAGCUUGCGAAAACCUUAAAAUUAAAAUGUGGAGGCUUCUACUCCUUUGGCUCUUCCAUUUUAUAUCUUGGUUCAAGCACACUUGUCUCAGAUCUGCCUGCCCAGAUAUCUCAGAGGUCCACUGUCACGUCUGCCCGUGCUGUCCGCUCUUUGCAGGCAAGACGUGUGCUUUGCUGAUUAAGUCCAAGUCCCAUCUCCGUCCUUAUUGACUGUGGUUAUCAGAACCUCACCUCUGUCCACCAUGGCUACUGUUUUAACUAACAGCGUGGUGAUAAUGGAAGAUGGUAGUCUGUAAGCAGAGUUCUGGCCAGUGUUUUGUAUAUUUGAAAGGUCUAUGCAAAAGCUUUGUGAUGAAUAAAGAUCCGGCUUUUAA